GCCACGGUCAGACAAUAGAGCACUCUCCAACAGCCCUAGUGGCAGUUGGUAGAUACAUACAUAUCCUUCCUUGCGACGGACUUUGAGUUUGAGUUUGAACGAAUCAAGGUCUUGUGGACAGUGGACUGUGGAGUAACAUUUUUAUUUAUUUUGGAUCGUGAUUUGCGUCGUUUCGCUGGAACAGGCGUCAGUAUUGUCAAGUAAUUCCAUCUGGAACAGAUGUCAUCGCCAACUAAUGUUAACGCAGGCAUGGAUACAAGUAUUGAAAAAAAGUUUUCCUACCCACCGGAAUUAUCAGAGAGCGAUUUUAAAGACAAGGAAUCAUGGUUAAGAUAUGUUGCGGAAGUUGAUCAUUUAUUAGGAAAAUUGGAUAGCAACAAACAGGAAGAUCUUAACCUCUCGUUGAAAAAUCAGAUUAGCAAAUACGAAGCAACGAUUGACGUAUUGAAGAAUCAAUUGAAUGAGCAACAGAUACUCAUGAGAUCAAGAUUAGCGAGCUGGUGGAUCAACGUAAUCGAGAUUUUAAACCGCUCCGUGAUCAGAAUAGUUCAAAAGUACAACGAAUCAAAGAUUUAGAGAAUCAAAACACUGCCCUUAAUUGCCAAAAACAACUGCACCAACGAGAUAACGAGAACGUUGAAACCAAAUAUGCGAAAGCUCUUCGACAAAAACAAAGAAUUCGCGACAUUUUAAAAAGCCAAAAGAUUUUAGAAGAUACCUUGGAGGUCCCAGGUUCAGAUGAGGAUUUCAUGAAUUUAGAGUUUUCGGAGAAGUGGCGCUACAUUUUGGAUUUAGCAGAAAAAAAUUCUGAUUUACCGUUAUAUGAGCCGAUUUUUAAUAUGUCGCGGUGUUUAGGAGAUUUAGGUUAUAAAACCAAUGAUGAUAAAGCCUCACGAUUAUCUGAAUUUUAUUCUUCUCUCUCCGAUGCUGUGGGCAGUUAUUUGUCCGAUGAUACUGGGGACUCGGAGUAUUUAUAACGACAAUAAACGACAAAGAAGUGUUAGAUUGCGUUAGAAAUUUAUCUUUGUAGUUUCAGUUUCCAAAUAUUCUUACCAGCUAUAUUUCGACUUUCGUACAAAUAUCUUGUUACUGACGUUACUGUUUUCCAUUUUUACAUAGAAUUUUUUUCAAUUCAUGUAUUCGUAUGGCCUACAUAUAUCAGUUAUAAUUUGCAUUUUUAAACUAGGUACAUAUAAAUUAAAAUAAUAAUCAAGACGUGUU